AAAACUGACAAGAUCGUAUCGCACAUAAUCUGGCAGCUCGUGGAUCUCUCUCGCGCUCUCUGUAGUUCUCGGUUUCUGCUUAUUGUGGGAGGAAGAAGGGCGGUUGCUGCCGUUCUCCGCCAAUGCUCCGGCGCUCGCUUGGUCCGCCAGAGAGAGGAUAGAAGGGAGAGACUUAAUAGCAUCGUUACGGUUUCUGUUGGUCGCCGUCUCGGCUUUUUAGAUUCCUCGGUUUUCAUUCCCUCCCAUUUCUUAAUAGUCUCCGGUCUUCGUCAAUUUUGUUCAAGAGUAUCCUUUGUCUUAUUCGACGAAGUCGUCUCUAGCGAACAAUGCAGGCGGUUGCGGGGAUCUCCACGAGAGUAAGCCUCUUCUCAGAAUUUAACGAUCAUAGGAAAGUGGGGUCCUGUUUGAAUAAGUUUGGGGCUGAGAAGAGAUUGAGGCGCCUUCGCGUGAUCAAUGUGGGAAGACGUCCCUGUCUGAGAUCUAUGCCAGCCGUUGAUUCCGCAAACAUGGGGCUCGGUUUGUCUCGUGGGAGCGUUCUCCGAUUGAGCGCCAAGUGGAAACCCGUCCGCGCACAGGCUUCAGAUGAAGAUCUGGAAGUUGAUAGUUCCUACAGUCGCCAGACAAGAUCUUCAGGAACAGUUCUGCCAUAUGUUGGUGUUGCCUGCUUGGGUGCCAUUCUGUUUGGGUACCAUCUUGGUGUGGUAAAUGGGGCAUUGGGCUACCUUGCAAAGGACCUUGGAAUUUCUGAAAAUGCUGUAUUACAAGGGUGGGUUGUCAGUGCAACCCUUGCAGGUGCUACACUGGGUUCAUUUACUGCUGGUACAUUGGCUGACAAGCUUGGUAGGACAAAAACAUUUAUGUUAGAUGCAAUACCACUCGCUAUUGGUGCAUUUUUAUGUGCAACUGCACAGAGUGUAAAUACAAUGAUAGUUGGACGUUUGCUUGCUGGCCUGGGAAUUGGAAUAUCAUCUGCUCUUGUGCCACUUUACAUAUCUGAGAUAUCACCAACUGAGAUUCGGGGGACCCUUGGUUCAGUCAACCAGUUGUUUAUCUGUGUGGGAAUCCUUGUUGCUUUAAUUGCUGGCUUACCUUUAGCUGGGAACCCUAUAUGGUGGAGGACAAUGUUUGGUAUGGCAGUUAUUCCUUCUCUACUGAUGGCAUUAGGGAUGGCCUUCUGCCCAGAAAGCCCAAGAUGGCUGUUUCAGCAAGGAAAAGUGCCUGAAGCAGAACUGUCUAUUAAGUCACUCUGGGGGAAAGAGAAGGUUGCAGGGGUCAUGAAUGAUUUAAGAGCUGGAGCUCAGGGUACAACUGAACACGAAGCUGCUUGGCUUGACCUUUUCAGCAAGCGUUAUUGGAGAGUCGUGAGUGUUGGGGCUGCACUUUUUCUUUUUCAACAGUUUGCUGGAAUCAAUGCUGUAGUAUAUUAUUCGACUUCAGUAUUCCGUAGUGCUGGAGUUGCAUCAGAUGUUGCAGCAAGUGCCCUGGUUGGAGCAUCAAACGUUUUUGGAACUGUCAUUUCAUCUUUUUUGAUGGACAGACAAGGAAGGAAAAGUCUCUUAAUUGCAAGCUUUCUUGGAAUGGCUGCUUCAAUGUUGCUACUUUUUGUAUCCUUCACGUGGAAAGCACUUGCUUCCUAUGCUGGCGUUCUAGCUGUUCUUGGAACGGUUAUGUACGUGUUGUCGUUUUCACUGGGUGCUGGGCCUGUCCCAGCACUUCUUCUUCCAGAGAUAUUUGCAUCCAGAAUUCGAGCUAAAGCUGUUGCAUUGUCCUUGGCAACACACUGGGUGUCAAACUUUGUGAUCGGUCUCUAUUUCUUAAACGUGGUUAACAAGUAUGGAAUCAGUAACGUAUACCUGGGAUUUUCUGUGGUCUGCUUCCUGGCUGUUAUCUACGUUGCUGGCAAUGUGGUGGAGACAAAAGGGAGAUCUCUGGAAGAAAUUGAGCUUGCCCUUAGAUCUUCUGCAUAGUUACCAUAUCAAGCAUGUUCAUCGUAUAUGAUGAAACUAACUGUUUCCAUAUGAUAAGCGACUUGAGAUUGCGGAUGAGAACUUCAUCCCUUUUUUUUUUGAGCAAGUUUUCGAUAAAUGUAUGGUUAGUCUGCCAUCAGCUCCAGAAUGGACUGAAAUUCGCAACCUUGCUGACUUUUAGCCUUGAGUAUGACCAAAUUAUACCUCACUGAGUUUUUGGUUAUGGAAUUAUCAGUUGCGGAUCGUAUUUUUCAA